GCCUGCGCGGGCGUGCGCGGCUCGGCCGCAGCGGAGCGCGGGGCUCCGGAGGGCUUCGCGCUGCCUCUCCCCCCUCCCCGCGGCCCCCCCACCGCCGGGCUGGAUAUGUGGAUGCUCACGUGAAGAUGGAUGUAGCGAUCGGGCUGCUGGGGCUGCUGACGGUUCUGCUGGAGGGCAGCUCCGGGCAAGGGGUGUACGCCCCCCCCACGGUGCGUAUUGUGCACUCAGGCCUGGCGUGCAACAUCGAGGAGGAGCGCUACUCGGAGAGGGUCUACACCAUCCGCGAGGGUGAGACGCUGGAGCUGACCUGCCUGGUCACCGGCCAUCCCCGACCACAGAUCAGGUGGACCAAAACAGCGGGAAGUGCCUCUGACAGAUUUCAAGACUCGAGUGUCUUCAAUGAAACGCUGCGGAUAGCCAACAUCCAGCGCCACCAAGGAGGCCGCUACUACUGCAAGGCCGAGAAUGGCCUGGGGUCACCGGCCAUCAAGUCCAUACGAGUGGACGUGUACUAUCUGGAUGACCCGAUAGUGACAGUCCACCAGAGCAUCGGCGAAGCGAAAGAGCAGUUUUACUAUGAGAGAACUGUGUUCCUCAGGUGCGUGGCCAACUCCAACCCGCCCGUCCGGUACAGCUGGAGACGUGGCCAGGAGGUGCUGCUGCAGGGCUCCGAUAAGGGAGUAGAGAUCUACGAGCCCUUCUUCACACAGGGGGAAACGAAGAUCCUGAAGCUGAAGAACCUCCGACCUCAGGACUACGCCAACUACAGCUGCAUCGCCUCAGUGAGGAAUGUCUGCAGCAUCCCUGAUAAAAUGGUGUCCUUCCGACUGUCCAACAAAACAGCAUCCCCUUCUAUUAAGCUCCUGGUGGAUGACCCAAUAGUGGUGAACCCUGGAGAAGCUGUCACCCUGGUCUGUGUGACGACAGGAGGGGAGCCAGCCCCCAGCCUGACGUGGGUGAGGUCUGCCGGCGGCCUGCCCGAGAAGACGGUCCUCAACGGCGGAACACUGACCAUACCCGCCAUCGCGUCGGAGGAUGCUGGCACCUACAGCUGCGUCGCCAAUAACAAUGUCGGAAAUCCUGCAAAGAAAUCCACCAAUAUCAUCGUAAGAGCCUUAAAAAAAGGACGUUUCUGGAUCACCCCUGACCCGUAUCACAAAGAUGACAACAUCCAGAUUGGGCGAGAGGUGAAAAUCUCCUGCCAGGUGGAAGCGGUCCCUUCGGAGGAGCUCACGUUCAGCUGGUUUAAAAAUGGGCGUCCCUUGCGAAGCUCUGAAAGGAUGGUCAUCACACAGACCGACCCCGACGUGUCUCCUGGCACCACCAACCUGGACAUCAUUGACUUGAAAUUCACGGACUUUGGGACGUACACGUGCGUCGCGUCUCUGAAAGGAGGUGGCAUAUCUGAUAUCAGCAUUGAUGUCAACAUCUCCAGCAGUACAGUCCCACCCAAUCUGACUGUUCCUCAAGAAAAGUCCCCCCUGGUCACACGGGAAGGAGACACGAUCGAGCUGCAGUGCCAGGUGACGGGGAAGCCCAAGCCCAUCAUCCUGUGGUCCCGUGCUGACAAGGAGGUGGCAAUGCCAGAUGGCACGAUGCAGAUGGAGAGCUACGAUGGCAUCCUGAGGAUAGUGAACGUGUCCAGGGAGAUGACGGGCACCUACAGGUGCCAGACCAGCCAGUACAAUGGAUUCAAUGUGAAGCCCAGAGAAGCUCUGGUGCAGCUCAUCGUACAGUACCCCCCUGCCGUGGAGCCGACCUUCCUGGAGAUCCGGCAGGGCCAAGGCCGGAGCAUCACCAUGAGCUGCCGGGUGCUGCGGGCCUACCCGACGCGGGUGCUGACCUACGAGUGGCGGCUGGGCAGCAAGCUGCUGCGCACGGGCCAGUUUGACCUGCAGGACUCCACCGAGUACACUGUCAGCAGCCUCUCCCGUGACAGCUACGGUGUCUACAACUGCAACAUCAUCAAUGAAGCAGGGGCCGGCCGCUGUAGCUUCCUCGUCACAGGCAAGGCGUACGCCCCGGAGUUCUACUAUGACACUUACAACCCACUGUGGCAGAACCGGCCCCGCGUGUACUCCUACAGCCUGCAGUGGACCCAGAUGAACCCCAGUGCCGUGGACCGCAUCCUCGCCUACCGCCUGGGGAUUAGGCAGGUUGAUGCCACUUCGAUAACUGUACCUCUUGUUGCCCUGAUGAAAACAGCUGGACAGCAGCGUUGGUGGGAACAGGAAAUUACAGUGAAUGGAAAUAUUCAAAAGGGAGAAUUAAUUACCUACAAUCUAACUGAGCUCAUCAAGCCAGAGGCAUAUGAAGUCCGUCUGACACCCAUCACCAGAUUUGGAGAAGGGGACUCCACUAUUCGGGUCAUCAAGUAUAGUGCUCCAGUAAAUCCACACCUACGAGAGUUCCACUGUGGGUUUGAGGAUGGUAACAUUUGCCUUUUCACUCAAGACGAUACGGACAACUUUGACUGGACAAAGCAAAGCACUGCCACUAGAGACACAAAAUACACCCCCAACACGGGGCCAAACGCAGACCGGACUGGCUCCAAGGAAGGUUUCUACAUGUACAUUGAGACGUCACGCCCCAGGCUGGAAGGGGAGAAGGCCCGACUUGUCAGUCCUGUUUUCAGCGUCGCUCCAAAGAACCCCUAUGGAGCUACGAACACAGCCUACUGUUUUAGCUUCUACUAUCACAUGUAUGGACAGCACAUAGGAAGCUUGAAUGUUUACCUGCGGCUGAAAGGCCAGACCGCGAUAGAGAACCCCUUGUGGUCUUCAAGUGGAAAUAAGGGCCAGCACUGGAACCAAGCCCGUGUCAACAUCAACCCCCCAACUUCAUUCCAGCUUAUAUUUGAAGGGAUCCGGGGCCCAGGCAUCGAAGGAGACAUUGCUAUUGAUGAUGUAUCAAUUGUGGAAGGAGAGUGUAUGAAAUCCGACCAGCCGGCCAACAAUUUACGAUCAGGUGCUGUUGGGACAUUAGAGCAUAUACGACUUAUCCCAGUUACCAUCCUCAUGUUUGUCUUAAGUCAUCAGAGGUGACCUUAUCCUGGCAGAGGCUACAAAAGAUUCACCAGGCACUGGCAUGAAGAAAGAGUCUUUGUAAAAUGGACAUUUCAAAACAAACUACCAAAGAUUCCUCCACUGACUGACUCAAAAGUUAAAUAAAUACAUAAAUGAAUAAAUACAUAAAUAAACAAUUAAAAAGCACUGGGGACAUAAAAGGCAUCAUGGGAGUGUAACUCACUAUGAACCUACACGUGAGAACGAGAUCUGGCCUAAGUGAGGAAGAGACCUUCAGGUGCUUUUGUGGUCAAUAACAAAUAUACAGCAUCAUCUGGUUGAACUCUCGGAACAGAGCGAUAGAAACCCUUGUCAAAGCACAAAGUCAUGGCUGGUUUUGUUUCAAAUGAAUAGUUUGCUUGUUACCAUGGAAACCUAAUGGCCUGCCAAAAAAAAAAAAAAAGAGGAGAGAGAGGAAAUAAUAAAUUUAAAACAGAGAGAGCAACACCUCACUGUAAACAGGGUAUGUGAAGAGCUGGCAUUCAUUUUCCCUUCGAGAAGGUUUUUAGUGUAGAGUUAAAAACAUGUAGGCCCUUUCGCCUUUGGCUGUCACCUCCCCUAGAGAGUAACCCCGAAUCAGAGCUGUUUUAAGACAUUUCUGUUUCAUUUCUCAUGGCUAUGCUCGAUAACUGUAUGCUGUCUCCUUUUGCAUGCAUUACGAUCCAGGAUGUGCGACCUGGGCUUACAUAUGACACAGGCUUAUCGGAGCUUGCUUGCGGCCACUCGAACACCCCUCUCCCCUCCCCAACUGAGUCAUCUGUUCUAAUGAAGUGAAGAAACCAAACCACCAUCUUUUAUAAAUUGCCAUGGAAACCAAGUGCCUUCAAUGAAACAAGCCUGAUUUAAAAGUAUAUGUAGAAUAAUAAUAAUAAUUUCAACACAGAAGCUUGCACUGCUAAAGUGUGGUUUGUGCAAACUAUUUUCUAAACAAACUACGGAGCCCGGGUGUGCAGACUGCAGGCGAAGGAAGCAGAGCCGCUCCUGGAGGUGGAUGGACCUGAGCUGCUGCGUAAGCCCUCUCGGACGAGCUAUCUGUUGUUUAACCUUCCAGACAGCCAUGGCCUUUCAGCUUAUUACCCAUUAGAAAAUAGCUUCCGUUGGUCCUGGAAAUGGGAGCAGCGCUUUUUAUUUGUUCCUUUCAGGUGAUCAGGUGGGUCAACCAGAGGAAGAGGUGGCGGAGAUGCACUUGGUGGCCCUGGGGCCGUGCGGGUGCAGCACUGCGCUCUGCGGGCACAGCCGGGCACGGGGCUGCUGCUGCUGCUGCUGCAGGGAAGGCAAAGUGCAACAAAACACGCGUGGGUUUGGAGCUGCCCCGACACGCACCGAUAGCCAGCCGGUUUUCCACUGCAUUGUAAAUUUCCCUGACAGUUGGUUAUGAUAAUUUGAAGACCUUUUUCCUUAAAUUAUCUCAGCUUUUAACUUCAUUUAAAAAAGAAAAAGAAAAGACUUUUGUCUAAAGAGGAGUAUUAUUAUUAUAAUUAUUAUUAUUAUUAUUAUUAUUACUUGUUCUCUCAACACCCUAGGAUUAAAAAAACCUGAUAUGCAAGAAAUUGGAGUACCAACAUGAAAACAAACCAACAAGCAGCAUCGUAUUUGCAAACACGAGUAUAAAAAGCACAACGAGAUGCAGUACAACAAUGACAAGGCUUGAUUUAUUCUUUUUUUUUUUUUUUUUUUUUUUAUUCUGUAGAGAAAUGUUUGUGCAAAUUCAGUAAUUCAACUGAAGAGAUAAUUUUACAGCUAUGUUCAAUAAAGCCUCUUUCCAGGUAAGGUAUGCCACGUGGUGCGUGUGUUUGUUGGGCGCUGUGCACGGGGUGCUGCUGGGCUGAUGCACUGGUGCUGCUGUCUGCAGAUGGAAGCACGGCCCGUGGAGCUGGCCAAGGAUGCUGUCGGUGCUGCUUUGGAGGUGCUUUGUGGUGUCUGAUGCCAGGGCUGCAGCAAAAAAAGCUGCUCGGAGGACAGCGGGAGCCCAGAGCUCGGAUGGACCAUGUGGGGUUUGGCAUCGUGAGUGUUUGUAAAUAAAAGGAGAUUUCCCACUGGAAGCACUGGAUUUUAAUUGUGGACUGGAGAGCCAAGUCGGGUACGGCGAGACCCUGAUGGAAGCUUUGCUUAGGAGGUUGGUGAGCUUCAGGAUUUGGGGUGUGUGGAAAUGGGACCUCCACAGGCAUCCACCUGAAAGCCAAAGGACCGCGGUGCAUGUGAGGGACCCCCCCAGGGCGCUGCUGGGGGCCACUCUGCUCACAGCCAUGGCUCCAGAGCCCUGCCCAGAGGAACAGCAGACUGCAGCGUGUUCCCUGUUGCGCUUCCUAAUAUACCCAGAGCAGGUCUGAUGCAAUGGGGAGUAUGGAAAUAGUGGCCAGCUGUCAGUCAUUCUGACAUAACGUGGGAACCAUUCCAUUCCCUUGACAGUGCUGUCCCUCACACUGAUUCUUUCAAAACUGGACUCAAGGUCCGUAGAUUUGGACACCCAUUGGGCAGCUCAGGCCAGGAUAAGCGACCCCAAAGCGGCCACUGCUGUGGGUCACUGAACCCACAGGUUGUGCAUCUGUGGGGACCGCAGGCUAAGACUGAAAGCUGGAAUCCCCAUUCCCUCCUCAUAUUUUGGGUCUUCUUUCCUCAGUGGAGGACCGGGAUGAAUGUUCAAUGAGAGCUUUCAGUUGAUGGCCAGAGACCACAGUUGUCUUUCUCGGGGCAGGAUGAGCUGAAGGGCAGGUGGCUGUGUGGAAGGGAACUUGCUUGCCCUGCCUAUUUCAGUUCUGUUCUGCUUACAUUACAUGGGUGCAGAAGCAGUUGCUAAGAAAGGCAUUUUUUCUCUUUCAGACAUUGAUUUAGUAUAGCGUUGUCUUCCUUUACGUCCCUAACCUAAGGCACUGAAAAGGCAGUGGGGUUUUAUCUUGGGCUACGAGCAAAUAGAUAAAAGAUAUGCAUUUCCUAGUCUAUAUAUAUAUAUAUAUAUAUUUCAUUUUGGUGUGAAAAUGAAUGAAGUAUUUGUAAAAAUUUUGGGUGACCACCAGACAGAGAACUGCUGUUCAUUUCUUGGGUACCCCAUCUAGUGACAUUCCUGACUUGUUUUUAAAUGGUUCCUCAGUACGUAAUUGUGCCAAAGUGGACUCAGAGCAGUGACAGCAGCUGGCUGCUGGGAUCAGCCCAGCUUUUUAGGGAACCGGCUCAGAAGCAGCUGGGUGUUCCCGUGGCAGAGGUAAAUUGACCCCACGAUGAAGUUUGCAGUGAUUUUUAUUCUUCUCAGGAUGGUCUGGGAGAGCAAGGACAUUACAGGAGCAUUCCCCUUUCAUAGCAAAGGAGUGCUAAUUCUUUUCGUUCACAAAGCAUGCAGUUUGAAUGGGAAAUCCCACAUGCAAUUGCUAAGAGCUCUCAUCUCACUGUACUACCACCCACUGCUUCCCCAGCCAGCUCCAGCCAGGCGUGGGUCCCAGAUGGGACACGAGGGGAUAAAAAAGCAGAGACUUAAGGGGGGCGAACACAUCACAAAACACAUUACAAAUGCACCAUUAAGACGAAGGCAAGGAGCAGCUCCUGGAGAGCCUGUCGAAGUGCUGAUGCCUCGUGUGAUAAAAAUAAAAGCAUUUGCUGGUGGAUAUUGCAGAGGACAGCUUCUUUACACUGAGCUCACAUCGUAUCAGCCAGUUUUUGGGAAUGAUUGUCUUAAGUGUAUGCUGCUGUCGGGCCCACGUAAAUCCUUGGAGAUGUGACAUUUCUUGCUGAAAUCAGAGGCUUUGGAAGAGUGCUGAGCUCUGGGGAUGCCAACACAGUUCCCUCCCUGACACCGAGUGCUUGAAUCUCCACUGCAUUCACCAGUGUAAAUGGCACCAUUUAGUGUGAGCAGCUCCUGGGGCAAUCAGAGGCCCAAAACUUCAGAACAGAGCUGAGGAGUGAUAGCGUCAGCUCUGUGUUCAAAUUUGCUUUCUUUUUCGCUGCCAGUGUCAGUGACAUCCCUUUGCUGUGAGCCAGGUAGUCAGAAUGAUGGGAUUUUCUUCACCCCCACUGGAGGAGCCUCCGCUGCUUCAUUUUUGGAGGGUUUACUCACUGGUUUUGUUUUUUCGUGUAUCUGAGGAUGGUUUAAAUGCUCUUCCUGCCCAAAAAGAACUGCUGUCCAUCAGAAGAAUGGCUCUCUAUGGGAGUUUGAUAACAGAGGUAGUCUCAUAUUAUAAGCAUCUUUGCCUGUAUAUGCCAGUAAAAAGAUUAGAGGCCAUCAGGAUUAAUUCUUACAUUUUCCUAUAUAACCUAUGCAAGAAACUUAUUGUAUUUCCGAUUUUUUCAAUUAUUAUUAUUGUUAUUUUGUAAGCAGCACCACAGGAGCAUGCUCUGGCACUUAUGGCUGCACCACUGUAAUGGAAGCAUCAGUCCCAGCAGAGAGGAGAUAAACUCGCAGGCGCUGCCCAUUGCGUUCCUUUGUGCCAGGAGCUCACUGCCCCACAGCUCACGCAGUCAUUCAGUUGAGGGACGUUUGGUCUUUGGAAGUCUGGGGACAUCUUUUUGCCUGAGCUCUGCCCCCAGCAUCUCCCUGUAGCUCCCACAGGAACGCAUCCCAGCACAUAUGGGCUGGGACAGGGCUUGGAGUGGGGAAGGACAUGUGGGGCACACCUCAUAGGUCUUAAAACCAAUUAAAAGGCAGAAGGGGAAUGAUUCAGUUGUGUUUUGCCUUCUGUGAUGCUUGUAAGGCUGGUGCAAAGCCUCGCUGCUGGGAGAUUUCUGACCCUUCCCCCUCUUGUUGCCAGCAUGGAGGUGUUCACAGCCACUUUGGUGUCACUUGUUCUGUGCCAGCAGCAUUACAUGUCUGAUGUUAAACUCCUCCUGCUCUGGGCUCCCAGACCGCUUUCAGAUCCCCUUUUGGCUGUUUUUGGCCAAGCUACAACACUAGUAUCUCUGGUUUAGAAAAGAUAUGUAAUAAUAACCAGGAGCUAUCAUUAACCCGAAUACAGGACACUUGGGAUAGUACAUCCUAUGUGACGUACUAAAAUAUGACAGUUCACCAUUGUAUCUGUCAGACUGUGGAGUCUGUAUGCUGAGUUUUAUAUUAUGGGAAGGAUGCUGUAUUUUUUUUUCCCCCAGAACACAACAUCUACAGCCCCUGUAGAUCCAUCCAGCUUACACGGGUGUUUCUGGACUGAGGCUUCAAUGAUGACACAAAGGUUUUGCUUUCAUAAAAUAGCAUCUUACCCUUCUCAGAGGAACAGCUGUGAUAUAAUGAGACUACUCAGGUGAGAGUAAACUGAUCAAGUCAUCAGAGAUGGAACAGAAGCAUGCCUGGGGGGAUACUUUGAUCCUCUCAGCCACAAGCAUACAGGUUCAGCAGUGAGCUCCUGACCCAGCUCACUGAGGGCAGCCCUAGUGCGUUAAUUACAGGAUCGGCGUUGGGUGCCUGACAAGUGGUGGCACAUCAACAGGAAGGUCAUAUUCACGUUCCUCCAUAGGUUGUCCAUGCAUCCUCGUAGCCACACCUAAAGCAGUCUCUCCUAUCUGGCUCUUUGUGACAUGGUCAGGUUUACCUCUGCUGAACACAGCCUUAUCAGAGCCAACUGAGGACCUAUGAUGGGUGAAUUGCAGCCAAUUUCCUCCCGUUUCUAUUCUCCAUACGUUGUUUUUGUUUUUCAUUGAGAAAGAGACUUGAAUGUUGGCAGGUGCUUGGACAAAUGAAUAUUAAUGCAGCUUUGCUCACGGUUAAGGUCAGAGCCAACAAGUGGAGAAAUGCCGCUGCUGAUGCUUUGGGACCCAGCAUCUUUGCAUGCCACGAGCCUUCACCUUCUGCAGGCUGGAGGUUUGCACUCCUCCAUCCAUGAGGAAGAAACAGGACAACACAACAACCAUGACUGUAAAACAUUGGGUGGUUUGUAACAGAUGUGACCACAAAAGGAAUUGAGGAAACACACAUUUCUGUGAGUAGGAAUUAGCAGCCUCAGCACCUUCUCAGGAAAGAUCAGAUGCGCUUCUGCUUGCACAUUACCAAUUGCAAGGGGUUGAAAUCUGUGUGUUUGUUUGUGUAAAUAGUAUAUAAAUAACUGUAAUUGUAUGUAUUUAAUGUAUAUAUAAUGAUUAUUACAUUUUAACUAUCUCAAGUACUGUAUAUAGCCAAACCUGGUCUCUUAUUUUACUAGAACGCCCACUGUAGAUUUAUUUUUUGUCAUUGUUGUUAAUGUAUCUGGUUAAAUUACAAACUGGUCUUACUUUUACCUCAAAGGAUAUAUGUUCUUUAUGUACAUUUUAUAAAGAAAAAGAAAGAAAUCA